ACAAGGAAGAAGUGAGACAGAGAAGCACGAUGGAUGAAUUCAGAUGGAUUCAAAUGUUUUUAUGUCUGAUGCUGAUGAUUCAGAUUGCAGUAUCUGUAAAUGAAACGUUCAUUUUUAUGAAAGUUGGAGAUGACGUCACUCUGCCUUGUCUAAAUGUGAUAGAUGACCAGAAUAACUGUGAUGGUACUACGUGGAUCUUUGGUUCAAGAAACAAACCAACAGUAGAGCUGAUCACACUUGGACAGAUUAGUGAAGAAGCCAAAACUGAAUCAGACAGACUGAAUGUUACAGUGAACUGUUCUCUGGUUAUAAAGAAGCUCAGAGUUGAGGAUGUUGGUCGUUAUUACUGUCAACAAUACAAAGUAGGACAAACUCCACACACUCUGGUUCAUCAGUCUGUGGUUCUUCUCUCUGUUAUUAUCUUGACUGAACACAAGGACACUAAUAAGGUGACAUUAAACUGCUCUGUGCUGACAUAUAAAAAGUGUCAUCACACAGUGAAGUGGAUGAUUAAAGGUCGACAUGUGUACAAAGAUAACAAUCACAUAAAGACCUCACAGACUGACUGCUCCACCUCUGUGACUUUUCUGGAAUCUCACUAUUUAUACUCAUCAAGAGAUAACACAGUGAAGUGUGAAGUGACUGAUACUGAGACAGGAAGAGUGCAGCUGUUUACCUUCAGCCCUCAGCCCUCAGGCGAGGAAACAGGUGACACAAGAACAACAAAGAAACUAACUGAAAGCACAAAAUCUGAAACAACCACAACAACAACUGAUGAUCCUUCAGACUGGAAAGAUUUUUCUGUGUCUUUGAGGUUCAUUAUUGUCUCUGUGGCUUUAGCAGCACUUCUAAUAACUGCUGUGACAGUCAACAUAUGGACAAGAGCUAAAGGGAACAAAGCACAGAUGGAUAAAACCACAGUACGUUAUGAUAACGAUGAAGAUGAUGUUGCAAUAAACUAUGAAAACAUGGGAGACUCUGCAGCUUCUGUCAGACUCCACUGAUCAACAUCAGCUCAGCAGAGAAAACUGCUGUUAUAUUAUCAACAUUUCAUCUAGAUUUACAGGUUCAAUCCUUCAAAUGUAAAAAGAUUUUAAGAC